GACUAUUAUUAUUAUUGGUGGUCUGUGACCAUCAUUUUGUAUAUUAUUAGUCUAAUAAAUAUGUUUGCACCUCGAAAACAAUAACUUAUAAACAAUGUCAGAACCGAUAGAGUUACUGUUCUUUGACACCUUCGCCCACGACAACACAGAAGAAAUAAAUUUGGAUCUAGUGCAGUUUCCUAAGCCAGUCUACGUAACUGAAGUGCGGAUAAUACCGUUAGGUGCUCGAGUGCAAGCCGAUUUUCCUGGCGGUGUUCGAUUAGGUGCAACAAAUCCCAGCCAGUUUCGAAUAGAAUUUUUUGUUAAUGAUCUGGGUAAACCAGGCGCAAGUACAUUUGAAAGCUUGGGUGGAUUCGAUUAUGAUCAAAAUGGUUGCAUUAAUUUGAACUGUAAUUCAGAAGAAACAGUGAGGAAAAUUCCUACAGACGGAUUGGUAUUAAGAGGAUGGUACACCACUAUCACUUUGGCUGUUUAUGGAACUUUGACUAAUAAUAUUACAGAACAAAUUCUCCAACCUGUAACAAAUCCGUCCUUAAACCAACCAAACACAAUAGCUGAUGCACAGUUAAUUAUAUCCACAGCAGCAAUUGAACCUGAGUGGCAACAAGAAAACAUUCAAAAUGUUCCUAUUGACUACAAUACAAACACACCAGCUACUUACCAGGCAUAUCCACAAACUGAACAAUACCCUGCAGAAUUUAAUGAAUAUUACAAUGACAUCCCUAAGGACCCCAGAAGUUACCAUCACACUUCAGAAACAGAAUGGGAUUCGAAAAGUAGAUCAAGAACAAAUGAUUCUGAACGUGAGAGAGACAGGAGCAGAGAUUAUCAGAAAUCUAGUAACGUUGAUAGAGAACACAGUAGAAUAGAAAUUGAAAGACGAGACAGAGAAAGAGACAGAGACAGGGAAAAGAGAUAUUCCAGAUCUCAGAGUAGAGACAGGGACAGACAGUCGAGAGAAUAUCGUGAAAUGGGCAGGGACAAAGAACACGACAGAGAUUGGGAAGGGGAAUACCGAGAUAGGGGCGACCACGAUUGGGACAGAGAAAGAGACAGAGGACACGAUCGUGAUAGAGACAGGUCUUAUAAACAUGAAGACAGUUAUAGGAGGUCAUAUACAAGGGAAGAAAGAGAAGAGAGGAAACGGCCCAGAACUCCCCCAACUCAAUCACCAAAAAGACCACACACGCCUCAGACUGACCAUAAGGAUCCACCUGUUGUUGAAAGGGAAAGUGACGUCGUCCCCGAGGAGGAAUCAGAAAGGACCCGACGAGAGCAAGAUGAGGCUAGCAAAGAUGUUAAGGAAGUCAGGACUCCGCCUACUGAAGAAAAUACUCAGAUGGAUGUUGAGGAGUUUGAGCCUAUUUUAAGUGAUGAGGACAUUCUGGAUGACAGUGAGCAAUAUCAGGAUAUUGAUUAUGAUUACAGCACCUACACUAAUAAUGAUGACAUAAUAAAAUUAUUCACUCCUGGUGUGACUAAACUUAAUAAGUACAUUGCACCUAAGAGUUUUCAGGUUGAUAACGACAAAAUUGAUAUUGAGGAGUCAUUAUCAACCACCAUUGGCAUAGCAGAUGACUAUUUUAAAUCCAGCAUAACUAAAUAUGUUCUGGAUAGAUUCAGCAAACUAAACACAGAAUUAAAAGAGGAAUUCAUACACUUAUGUGAGAAAUUAAUCAGCACAAUAGGGUCACACAAUUCAUUUUGUGACAUCAUGAGACUUUAUGAAGCCACAAAUGCCUUAAACUUGCACAAUUUUUCAGAAACUGACAAAGAGUUGGUACAACAAGUGCAAGUGAUAAUCAAAACGAUCGUAGAUUGGUUGCAAAUUGCCCUGAAUUUUGAGAUGGCUAAUUCCCAGGAGCAACCAGCUUACAAAAUACGACACAUAAAAUGUGGCGUCCGUUUGGCAGAGUGGUGCUCCCACAGUGACGAAUUCCUGCAGUAUUUAUGGGAGCACAAUUUCAACAUACAAAAAGAAUUGAUAAACCUGUACAACCAGGAGUUCAUGGCACUAUCUAUAAAAUUAAUGAUUCUAAAAGCCCUAGACACAUCUUUGAGUCAUAAGUUUUCUGUUGAGAAGUUUUUGAUGGGGGAACAUGAACACUCACCUAAAGAGAAUGGGUACCACAACAUGAUACCUGUGUCUGAAUCAAGUGGAUACAGGAUUCUUAUUAAACACUUACAAUCAAAUCCAUUAGUGAGGCUUAAAUUUGCCCUGAAUUCCAUAUUAAAAAAAAUGAACCUGUACGAAAUAUUACAUAAAAUGCACUGUAUUAUAUCAAAAAUUCGGAAUAUUACUAAUGACAUUUCCGCCGAGGACAUAAAUUUAAUAACAAAAAUUCUGGAUCAAAUCCUGCAAUAUUACCAUAAUGGCCCCUUUGUGUUAUCUCAGCCAAAGAGAUUUUUGCCUGUCAGCAGCCAAUUUGAAAUCAUAAGAACAGAGUCUGAUAAUAUCCUCAUUAAUUAUUUUAAAAUGUUUAAUUUGUUGGAGUGUUUUUUGUUCUUAUUAGUCCAUCCAAAUACCUUGAAUUUGCCUGCCAUAAAGACACCUAUAUUUGAGGUAUUGUCGCUUAUGCUACAGUCGUCACAUGGCUUAGAAUAUUUAUCGUCAAAGCAUGAGACAAUCAAUGUACUUUUGAAAUGUCUUUUAAAAUCUGAUGAGGAAUUACAAUACACCUUGGCAGAGCCAAGUUUUGAAAGUAAGUCGCAUUAUUUGGGUUUAAAUAUUGCCUACAAACUGCAGGCUUUAUAUCACAUUGAAUGCCUUUCACAUAUAGGCAAAAAAUAUGGGUUGGAUUGCGAUUCCCCUGAAAUAUUAGAUGAGCUUCAUGGACUUUUAUGUCUGACGUUCUCUCCUGUUGGAAAAAUUUGCUGUUCUUCUGUGUUGGGCAUGGACGAUAAUAUAAGAUCUUUGCUUCAAUUUUUGGACAUUUUACACAACAAAGAAAAGCUGGACAACUACUUACCAAGAUUAAAGAAAUCGUCUGGAGUGGCGUACAUAGUUGAUCUUGUUUCCAUAGCUAUUAUUUCGACUUCAAAUAUUAAGCUUAUGGAAAAGUUUUCCAAAACUAUAUUGAACAUUGUGAAUCAACAAGACUUGUUUGAGGAUAAUAUUUCAGCCAAACUUAAUGAAAUCCGGUUAUAUCUAAGCCCCUUUGAGAAUAUCAACACUGUUUCUUACGAAAAUAUAUCUCCUUACUUAGAUAAUAUUGAGAAAUUAAUUGAAAAUGUCACUUUCUAUCCUGGCUCCUUAAUAACAAGUCUAAGAGUCAUCGAAUAUUUAGGUAUCUCAAAAUUCACCAAUAAAUGUCCAAUAAUUUCGGAAAAUAAUCCAAAUAAUUAUAUAGAACUAAAAUACAAGCACGUAAUUCUUCAACUAUAUUCCUUAGAUGGAACCACUAUAUUAACGAAAUUGUUGCAAAAAAUCUCUGAACAUUAUGAGCAACCAAGCCUAUUUACUGCCAUAUUUGCCUCAGGCCAUGGCUCACAAAUCAUCAACAUUGUCCAGCCUUGCAUAAAGUUAUUGAAAGAAAUGUUGUCUUACGUAAUCCAAUGUCAAAAUAUGAAUUUUAAGGACCUCACGGCAAUUCCCAUUUUACUUCAGACUUAUAAUUUACUAAACAGCUUUCCCGCGACUGCUGCCGGUUAUUUGGCUGCCCAAGAAGUAAAGACCGAGAUCAUCAACACUUUACUGGUGUACACACAACCGUUCUCUGAUCAAGUUUUGGAAAAAGACUCGUUGAACAAAAGCUUAUGGACUCAGAUGUGCGGGGAAAUAAUAAAAUUCAUUACGUCCGCUCCCUACAAUUUUGUGUCGGGUUUAUUGGUGUUCUCCGAAAUGUUACCUCUGCCACUGCCAAUACAGACCGGAGACGACUUAACAACGGACGAGAUAAGUUGGUCCAUUAAUUUAAGGAAACUGUGGUCUGCACAUCUGCAUUUACACAGCAAUAGCAUCCAGGAGAUGAUCCAAAGACUGUGCAUUUCCACCCAGCCUCAACUGUUGAACUUGCUGAGAAGGAUUUGUGCCCAAAUAGCUGACUUGGCGGCCAAUUCUGCCACUAUGAUUGCCCGGGGUAUAUUGGACAUUGUGUAUGAGGCACUAAUACCUAAGGAAGACAUGAAAAUGGGACCUUGCAACAGCCACGUUGCUAGGGUUUUAAAUUUUUUAGCUUGUUUAGUGACACACAACACCAUUAAAUGUGCCAUCCUUCAUUUAAUUCACACCAAUUCGUGCGUUACUUCCAAGCCUGAUGAUAAAUACACAGCUUUGAUACCUGCGUUUGCGCAAGUGUUGAAGAACAAUUGCAAUACUAACAGUCACAUACAAGCUCAGGAAUGUAUUAUUAGUGUAAUUCAAAGCUUUUGUGAUAUAGAAUUGACCCUUCUUCAAUGUGAGAACAGUCCUGAUGUCUGUUUGGCGAAUGCCUUACCUAUAAAAGAGCACUUGGUGACUUAUGUGACAAUGUUAUUGGACCAUUUAAGUGCAGACAAUUCUUUUGUUACGUAUCUGCCACUUGUUAGAACUUUGUUGCUUUUAACAGAACACGAUUAUGGACUGUUUCAUUUACGAGAACAAGCUUUGAAAAGGAACGAUUUGUUUUUAACAAUAUUAACCAAACUGGCCAACAAUUUUUCUAUAAGCAAUGCGGAAUGUUUAUCAACUCUUAGCACCCUAUUGGAGUUUUUGAGGAUAUGCAUAGUAAUAGAGGAUGAAAACGUAAGCUCUGGAUACUCUCCAAGGACUAUUAAGUUUACGCCUGAUGAGAUUAAAAGUCUCAUUGGAUGGAACAGCAGUUCAGAAGAACAGCCCAGCAAUCACCCACUGUUAAUGCUGACUGAUAUUUUAAAGAAAUCGACGGAAGAUGACAAUUCGUUUGAGACUCUACUAGAUAGUGUAGAAACCAUAAUAAAAUUAAUUGAGAGCAGUCAAAUGGAAACAUCUAAGGAAUCAUAUACUGAAGUAGUGUUACCAAUACCAGACACACUAUUAAGUCAGUUUUGUAAAAGAACCAUAUUCAGUUCAACUGAGGCCUGUGAUGAGAGGUUGACUGCCCGAUUUUGGUUGGCGGCUCCAAGUGAUGAAGUUGAAACCGGAUUAGAAAACGUAACCUGUGAUCUUUUGGAGAUAUGUAGGCAGCAUUUACCAACAGAUUAUAAUAUUAUCAAGGAAAUAGAAAAAUUGUGCCGUGUAUCUCGUAUUGGAAAUGAUGAAGACAAAGAGAAACUUGCUGACGAUCAAAAACGAAAGUUAAAGAAGCCGUUAGUACCUCCAGUGAGAGCUAGAGGCUUCACCAGAGCAGUGCAACAGCGACCAGAUCUUUUUAGGUCUCGUCCACCAAACACUUCUCGACCCCCAUCGUUACACGUGGAUGAUUUCGUUGCCUUGGAAACUUGUGGCGCUCAGCCCACUGGACCUACUGGAUAUAAUAAAAUUAGCAGGGAGUUACUAGCUUCGUCUAGGCUUUCUAGGGUUUCCAGGGGACGUUCUUUUGCUAAUUCGGAGAGAUCUGUUCAAUAUAGACAAAUGAUUCGAAAAAAAUGGCAACACAAAUAAUGAAUGAAACCUGAUGAUUGCUGUUCAGACUCAAGUGUCAGUGAUGUUGUUAUCCUCUUAUUUCGAAAAAGGCGGCAAUUGUCAAUCUGUGAACCAUUAAUUAUUCCUAAUUUAUUGUUUAAAAUACUAAUAAAUAUUCUUGCCCUUAUUUAUAAAUGAGAAAUUAAGAAUAUUUUAUUUUUACAGGUCAUGGUGGGGAGGAUUAGGAAGAGGACCCUAUCAAUAAUAUUUAUAAAUAAAUAGUGCUUAUCAGUUUUACAUUGUAAGAUUGUUUUUAUAAUAUAUACGAUAUUAAACGUAUUUAAAAUCUUGUAUUUGUUAUAUUAAA